AUGGGUUUGGCCUCUGCACAGGUCAGAGAUGACGGCUUCUGCUCUCGGCACGUUCCCUCCGUCCUGGUGACACUGGUGGUGCUCGUGGAGGUGGUUGGCAGCAGAGCCCUCAUCAUUCCACCACAAAACCCCAGCCAGAUGUCCCCAGGCCCAGGAGGCAGGUGGGCCAGGACCCCUCCCCCACCUACUCCACCCUCUUCUGCUGCUGUGCGGUUGGGCUGGCGCAUCUUCAAACCUGCUGGAUCUACAGCAGAGGAAGUUACAGGAGCCCGGCACUGGAGCAGAGUGGUGAAGGGAAUGACCGACGAAUGGCCCGAGGAACAAAACAGCUUGUAA